GUAGGAUUUGAAUUGAUUAUUUAGUACGUAGUAAUUCCCGACAUGGAUAGCUAGCACAUUCCUGAUAUCCUGGCUGUAGAGGUAUGGAUUAAAUUGAUUGGAAUAUGUGAAUUAAUCUGGAUAGGAUAGGUAGUGAAUCCCGGUGUUUCUCCCAGAGCUUUCUCCAUUGAAUUUCUCUCGACCAAUUUACUUUGAUUAAUUAGUUAAUUUUGAUUUUAGAUAAUUAGUCUCAUUAAACCAUUUUCACCUAUAGUUUGCUCUACAAAAUUGAUAGAACUUAAGGUUGUACCAGUCCCUGAGAGACGAUACCCGGACUUUCCGGAUUACUACAAGAUAGGAAAUUGACAAAUACUCUUUUUCCCUAUCAAGUUUUUGGCGCCGUUGCCGGGGACUGCCAUACCUUGUUUUUAUUGAUUUUUGUGAGUGAACUAUUUUGAUCUGGGUGUUAGUGUGUAGAAGAAUUUUUCAGGUGUAUCCUCCUUGUGCAUGCCAAGGAGGACGACCGACAAUUUACUGCCACUUGAUCCAGAAAUAGAGAGGACCUGCCGACAGAACAGGAAGCAGGUCAAGUUAGGGAAGCAGCCUACCACAUCCACAACUCCUAGGCCUUCCCUAACCCAGAAUCGUCAACAGAGAGGGCAGGCUUCAUCACCUAUCUUCCCUACACCACCACCUCGCAUUAUCGAGCCUGUCAUCAUGGCAGAACAGGAUCGUUCGAUCAGGACUCGUCUGAAUCGGAGGACUGGAGCCCGAGCUUCAUGUGUUGUCAUUCCGGCUGGGGAUGCAAACAUGGAGAUUGCCCCAGCCUUCAUCAAUAUGAUCACUAAUGGGUACACCUUCUCAGGGGCCAGCACCGAGGAUCCUCAUGAACAUCUUCGCCGGUUUGCAAGCAUUUGUGACACAAUGAAGAGCCCGGCUGUGUCUGAUGAUGCCAUCCGUCUUCGGAUGUUCUCAUUCUCUCUGCUAGGGAAUGCAUCACACUGGUUCCAAAACUUGACACCCCGUUCCAUCACGACAUGGGGUCAGCUUGAGAAGGUAUUUCUGGAUAAAUACUUCCCACCUGCCUUGGCAAUGAAGAGGCAAGAAGAGAUUGUUACUUUUAAGCAGGCUGAUGAUGAGAGUCUGACUGAGGCAUGGGAGCGCUAUAAGGGGCUAUUGAUGAGAUGCCCAAGCCACGGUCUUGAAGAUUGGAACGUGAUCAUUAUUUUCUUCAAUGGAAUCAUAAGGGAGUUUCGGGAUGCCCUGAAUAAUGCUUCUCGAAAUGGUUUCACAAGCAUGGAGGCACCAGCAGCAUAUGAUCUGGUAGAGAAGAUCUGUUCAGAAGCCACUGAAUGGGGUAGUGAGACCAGUAUUCGAAGAAGAGGAGGCUUGCAUGAGAUAAACAGAGUUGCAAGUCUAGAAGCCAAGAUAGAUGCCAAGCUGGAUUCUAAGUUCGAUGCACUCGAACGAAGGUUGGCCAAGAUUGCUUUGGGUAAACAAGAGGAGGUUGCUUCAUCUGAACUUUGCGAGGGUCCUCAUCAUAGGGAUAUGUGUCCGCUAGGAGCUGCUCAGUUGGAAGAUGUUCAGUAUAUCAAUAAUCUGCGAAGUCAAGGUCAGGGUGGUAUGUAUUCAAAUACAUAUAACCCUCAAUGGAGACAUCACCCCAAUAUGUCAUGGUCAAACAAUAAUCCAGCUGGUGUUCGAAACAUCCCACCUCCUGGUUUUCAACAGCAGCAGCCUCAACCAGAGAAGAAGCCCCAGCUGGAGGAGUUGAUUUUGGCUCAUAUGCAGAAAACGGACAAUAAUUUCAAGGGCCUGGAUCAAUUUGUCACUCAACAGCUAGCCAUCAACAAUAAUUUACAAUCGUCUAUGCUAGCUAUGGAGACGCAGAUGGGACAGAUGGCUCAAACUUUGGGAGAUAUGCAAGGCAGGAUUCCUGGGACAUUACCAGCAAAUACUGAGAGGAAUCCGAAGGAUGCCAUGGUUCUAGCAGUGACAUUGAGGAGUGGAAAGGUCUUGGAAGACCCUAGCAGCUCGAAAAAGGCACCAGAGGCAGAAGAGGAAGCACCGGGAGAAAGAUCUUGUGCAGAAAAUGAAGAAUCAGCCUUGCACAGGCAAAAUGAAAGCAGUUUGCCUGUGCAAAAGCAUGCUGCCCGUGUAAAACCAACAGGGGAAAAUGCGAAGAUGGAGGAGCUAAAACCUUAUGACCCACCCACACCAUUCCCUCAGAGGUUAAUGAAGCCCAUGGAAGACCCAAACUUCAAGAAAUUUGUGAAUAUCUUCAAGCAACUUCAGAUUAACAUACCCUUGGCGGAGGCACUUGAACAGAUGCCUACAUAUGCUAAAUUCUUAAAGGAGUUGCUGACAAAGAAGCGUAAAUGGGCUGAUCUAAAGAAGGUAACCCUUACUUCUGAAUGUAGUGCUGUGAUUCAGAAUAAAUUACCAGAAAAGAGGGAUGAUCCGGGAAGCUUCACCAUUCCAUGUGUCAUUGGAGGUACAGAAUUCAAUAAAUCACUUUGUGAUCUUGGAGCAGGAAUUAAUUUGAUGCCAUACUCAGUCUACAAGAAAUUGGGAUUGGGAGAUGUUCUUAAACCUACUCGGAUCACUCUCCAAUUGGCAGAUCGAUCAGUGAAAAUUCCAAAAGAAGUGGUGGAGAAUGUAUUGGUGAAGGUGGGGAAGUUUAUUCUUCCUACAGAUUUUGUAAUUCUGGAGAUGGAAAAAGAUCGGGGAGUGCCUCUCAUUCUUGGGAGACCUUUUCUAGCAACUGGAGAUGCACUCAUCGAUGUUGGGAGAGGCAAGUUUACAUUCCGAGUAGGUAAGGAGGAGGAAAUUUUUAAUGUCUUUCAAGUUGAUCAUAAUCAUGAUGCAUUUGAUGACUUUGAAAGUGGAGCUCGAGAAAGGAAAAAUUCCUCUUCCUGUGAUAGUGGAUCAGCUGAAGUAUCACAUGUCCUAGCAGCUCAAAGUCUGAAAUCAAAGCAAGGGCAGAAAUCCUUGCCAGGGCACCUCAAGUAUAGAUAUUUGGGUAAGGAUUUCAAUCUCCCUGUUAUUAUUCCUUCUUCACUGACAUUGAAACAGGAAGAGUACCUGCUUGAGGCGCUGCAGUACCACCUACGCCUCACUAAAGGGUCUAACAUGCCAGCUAAGAAGGUCAUACCCAAUUUUCGCACACCUGGCCCUGCUGAGGUGACUCAUAUGUUGGAUGGAGGUUAUGCGUUCUAUCAUUGCUCGGGAGGGUAUGCUGGAUACCUUUCCAUACCCACUGGUUGAAAGCUCCAUAAAUGUCAGGCUGAGGACGUUAAACAAGCGCUUCUUGGGAGGCAACCCAAGGUAAGUUUUCUUUUCUUUAUUUUUCUUUUUCGUUGUGUCAAACCGUACAUGUUUAGAUUAGGAGUUGAACAUUAGGGACAAUGUUCCAUCCUGAGUGUGGGGUGGCGAGUCUUAGUGUUUGUUUGUUCCUUGUGUCAUGUGGUCGGUAAAAACAAAAAACAAAAAAAAAAUUCUGCCAUUUGGCUAUGCACAGCCAAACUGCAUGCAGUUUGCCUGUGUAAAAAGCAUGCUGCCUGUGCAAAGCUAAUGGCUAAAAAACACCUAAAAUCAGAAAAAUUUAAAACAAAACCUUGUACUCUUGUGGUAACAUGAUGUAAAUGACCGUGAUGCCUUGAAAAUGAGUUUGUGCUUGAAUAAAAUCAUCGAAAUCACUCCACUAGUGUUGAAUUGCAUAGUUCUUCACAAUGAGCUUGAAUGUUUUGACUGACUUGAUAUGCUUUGAAUGAGCAAACUCUUUUAGCAACAUUCUCUUUUGUGAGCAUAGUGUAACGACUUUUGGUGAAGUAGUUAGGUGGAGAACAUUGACCAUUCGACAUGUUUGGAUACCGUGCUUACUUGCAUCAAUUGUGAGCUUUUGAUUUUGCAACGAGUCUCUCUGUUUUGAUGGUUUUAUGAUGGGGUGAACUGUAUCUUCAUAAAAGAAAACACUAUAUGACAAGUAAAAGAUAAGAAAGUUGCCAUAACAAUUAAAGUGUGGGUAAAAAUGCCAAAAUCGUGUGAGGCAAUCACUCAUUGCACAUAGGGAUGAGGAAAGAUUCAAUUGAGAAUCGGUUCGCGACCGUACGAUGUUGCUUAACAAGUACGAUCCCCAGUUGAGUGAAGUGCCAUUUGAGGAUGCAAUGACCCUCCACACAGACCGAGGAUAAGGAGUUAAAAGAAGCCCUUAUGGGAGUGCUAAGAAGCAGAAUUUGCUCUUGCUCGGUCACCGGUAGUAAGAAACAAAUCCUACUUGUACUAAAUACGACCUCUCGGCAAGCAAAAGCAGAAAGAGAGAAAGCCUCUCCUUGUCAUAAAAGGUAGUGAUGUGCUUAAAGUAAAAUCAUGUUUGCGAAAGGCUUCCCCCAUUAGUUUUUGAGACUCAUGCUUUGUUAAUUGCUUAAGAUUGGUGUGAGUAAGCCAGAUUGUCCUCACGAGAUAUGCACCUCACUGAUGUGGUUAGAUUCUCCUAAUAAAUGUUACACCAUAUGUUGUUAAUCACCCGCUACUGACGACCUGAAUUGAGUGUUGCUAUUUGAGUUUUUGAUGGAUUUGAGUCAGUCAAUGGUUAAGGGUUGCAAAGACCUUGAGUGUGGGGUGAAAGGUAUGACCAUUAGAGCACAACUUGUCCGUUGAGAAAGAAACUACUGAUUACAACAAGAGUACAAGGAAAUUUGGUUCUUUGCUUUGAGUGUUGAGUCUGUAAUGUGUCAUUGUUAAGGUUGGUUAUGUGUUUGUGUUGUUUGAGUCGUUGCUUAGGGACAAGCAACAAUUGAGUGUGGGGUUGUGAUAUUCGGCUUUAAUAUAUCGGAUUCUUGGACUUUAUGUGAUUAUCCGUGGUAUGUUUUAGCCAAUUGGUGCUAUUUUAGGGCUCGCUAACUCGGAAAUGAUUGAAAAACCAUUACUGCCUAGUGCCAUGAGUUUGAUAUGUUACAGGUGGAGAAAGCACGAAAAAAAAGUGAUUGUCUCAGGAAGAAUUAAUUUGGGCCGGGGUAAUUUCCAUGGUUGGUGGCGGAAACAAUUGCAGGGCGGAAGGCAGAAGGCCUUUGGGCCAGAAAAUUCUAUUGGGCCAAGAAAUUCCGGACGGGGGAAGCAGAUUCUUCUCCAGGCGGGACUAUUUGGGGACGGAACUUUUGUGGGGGAGGAAUUAUAAAAAAAAAAAGUCUCG